AUGCGUCGCUGGCGUGCAACACUGGACCUCGGCAACAAGAGCGAGGUCACCGUGGGCAAACGCAAAGCCGACACGUGCAAGAAGCACUUCUCGCGGCUCAAGUCGUACCUGCAACAGCGCCUGCCUUCUCAGCUCGUCGAGGCCAUCUGCAAUCUCACCGCCGAGCAGCUCAGCCCGGAGCCCGUGCGAACUGCGGUGAUGGAGUGCACGGACCCCGACGAGAGCAAACGCUCCGCGGCGCUGAAGGCGCGGAUGGAGCAGCGCGGAGACGGAGUCGACGACUCCCCGGCCGAUACAGACGACGUCUCGACUGCUAAAAAUUCGUCUAGAACGCUCUGCACGGACUGGCCAGACUUGUCUGGAGCUCUGGACUCCGGCGGCGCAUUCCGCGGCGCCGCCUCGCCGCUCACGGCGUUUGGCCCCACGUGCUCCCACGCGGUCCCGGUGGCGCGGCUGGACGUGGAGGCCUUCUUCUGCUGCUGCGAGUUUGUCGACCAGCAUGGCGAGCGGCGUCACCUCGCCGACGCGUCCGCGCUCGACUCGGCGGUACGACACCGCCGCGCUCCGCUCUGCUCCCCGGAGGGGUUGGCGGCGCUGCUCUCUGACUUGGACGACCGCGUGCGCCUGCCGAUGCACGGUGGAGCCGUGUACCUCGGCUUCCUCGGCGCCGCGCCGCUCGUCGCCGUGCCUCUCCUCUUCCGCCUUGCCAUCAGCCGCUUCAGCCGCCUCCUCGCCGUCGCCGUCGUCGCGCCGGCGGGGCUCGGGUUGUGCGCGCGGUGCCGGCGCACGCUCGGCGGCCGCUUCUUCCAGGCGACGUGCGGCACUUCCCUCGGCUACGCCUUUGGCGCCUUCACCCUCGUGCUCGGCGAGCACCUGCACUUUGGCGGCUGGCUGCUCACCGCCGUCGGCUUCGCGUUUGCGGCGCUGCAGGCGCACGUGGCCGCGCACGCGCCGCCGCCGCCGGGGCUCGCCAAGCUCGAGUCGUCCGACGACGAGGCCGCCAGCGACGCGUGCCAGAGAGAGAGCCAGAGGGAGCGUCUCCCGCUGCGCGGAGGGCCGGCGCGAGGCCCGCAGGUGAUGGCGCGAGAAGGAGGCGGCGGGCAGGCGGCGGGCCAGUCGUGGCCGCGCAUCGACUGGCGGCGCUGCCGCGACGCCGGCGGCGGCCGCGGCGGGGGCCACCACUCCCGCGGCUCGCUGCACGUGGUGUGGCUCGACGUCGACGCCACCUCCGCCAACCGCACGCCGCUGCUGCUCGCGAGCGCUUCGCUCGCGGCGGCGGCGGCGGCGCUCUGCGCUCUGGCGCUGAGGCGAGCGUGCGAGCUGCGGGGCGGGCCGGUGGGGAGGAUGUUGCGCGUUGCGGCGGAGGCGGACGAGUCGAGCCUUGAGCUCGCCCUCGCCGCAUUUGGCGCCGCCGCCGCGGCGCAGGCAGCCGUCACUUGGGUGUGGCUGUACUGA